AUGGCAGGAAGCGAUCUUUCGAAGAAUCACGCGACGGUCCGAAUGAUUCCCCCCGACGACAGCAGAAGAAAACGAUCACGGGAAACCACACCCAACAACGGACAGACUAUCGGCGCUGCUACCUCUUCAAAUGUGAGUGACAACGAACAUAAUCCCGAGCACCUCCUCCCGGCCACCCCAAAGGACUUGGCCAAGGGAGAUUUUAUCACCGAAGUGCCCCAAACGGAAAUCCCGGGGACACAGCUGGAUACUGCGAGACACCCGAGGCCCGCAGAUCAAGGAUCGUUGGACAGCGACUCUGCGUGGGAGGCAUCUGAUGAGCUCUCUGACGGGACCGAUGAAGGUGGUUUUAGCUCUGGGCUUGACGAAUCGAAGAAGCCGGAAGCUAGGGACUCCCGUAAUCCUUAUAAUAAAACCGAAAGAACCGAACCUUCUGCUUCCCAGGUUUUUGGCAGCCCCAGCGAGCCAAGGAUGCAUGCAGGAGUUUCUAGCCCUUGGAACUCCGACAUGUCUGAACUCUCGGCAAGCAUAGAGUCCCAGGAACUCAAUCUAUUGGAUAUCCCCAAAGAACCAAAGGAAUCCAGCAUGUCCGCAGAUUCGGAGUCCUAUGAAGAUCAUCCGGCGCCCAAGGCUUCUUCAAUCGAGCCGGAUGAGUUUGAGGAUCACCCAAAGUCGCAGUCGGAUGAUUCUAGUGAUUUCCAUUUAUUCAAUUCACCGGGCAAAUAUAACGAGUCCGUUGGUAGCCCAAAGGCCGAAACGACUGUUUGUAAUGCUCGAAAUUUGGAUUUUGGGAAAGCUACGAAUCAUCUACAGGAUGAUGAUCAGCCUGAGGAUUCCACUUUGCUCCAAGAGAAACCCCCGGAAUAUAAUGCCCACCCAAGAGCCUUUUUCCACCCCCAAAACUCGAGUUUCAUCGAGACAGACACCAGGAACGAGAACAGCGUUAACCCAGACCCCUCAUCACAGGAAUCCUCGACCUCCGCAACCAUCGAACCUGCGAAAGGCCUAACGAAGAAGCGAAGCAGGGAACAACUAGAAAAGGCAUCACCUAAGAAGUCGGAGACGAUGUCUGAUCUAGCGCAGGAGUCUGACUCGGCCAAGAACGAAAGGGAGAAAAAGCGACACCGUGAUAAUUCAGAGGAGCGUGAAAAAACCACUAAUAAGCUCUUUUCUGCAAGUGCUUUCGCAAGCGCGGCUGAUUCACCGUUUGCCAAACUCGCUGGAGCCAAAUCGCCAUUCUCGACCGAAUCACCCGCUACCACAGAAGACAAGCCCGCCUCUAGUUCUGCAUUUGCAGGAUCUGCGCUGGGUGGAUUUGCUGGCGCCGAAAAGUCCCCAUUUGGCACUCUUGGAUCAUCAACAUCAUCUGUCUUCAAAUCAGCUAGCCCCUUCACAGCUGCCCCAAGUGCUACUGGUUUUGGUGGAAUUGGAGGCGGAUUCGGGUCUGCUGCUCCUGCUGGCAAAACUAGCUUCGCAUCUCCCAAUGUCUCCUCCACUUUCGGGGAGACUAAGGCGGCCAAGCCCUUAGGCGAUGAAGAAUCUGAGAACGAGGAAGAAGAAGGUGAAGGCGAGGGUGGAGAGGAAACCAACACAUUUGAGGCGGCCAAGACCGAUGAACGAUUCUUCGAACAAACCAUUGAAACUGGCGAAGAAGAAGAGAAGACCAUUUUUGUAUGCAAGGCCAAGCUGUUCUCUUUCACUACUGGUGAGUGGAAGGAACGGGGUAUUGGCACUUUCAAGGUUAAUGCUCGGGAUAUUGGUGGGAAGAAGGUCGGUCGCAUGAUCAUGCGUGCCGAUGGUGCCCUUCGCGUCAUGCUAAACAGCCCGGUCUUCGAGGGCAUGAAUUAUGGAGAUGCCAAGAAUAAGGCCCCUACCAACAAGCAAAUUUUCCUGGCCAGUACAGAAGGGGACCGCACUGUUCCUCUACUGCUUCGGACUCCAAACGAGUCUUACGCACAGGAUCUGUACAGGACUAUUAGGAAGCUGUUGACUGGGGAAGACGAGGACGAGAGCGAUGAUGAAGAUGCAUGA